AUGCAAACACUCAAAGCUUUGAGGAGAGUGACCGAACCCUUAAAAUGGAUUCGUCCUGUCUAUUAUGGAAGAAGCUUUUCUGCUCUGCCAAACUUUUCCGCUUCAGAUGCCGAUAUCGAAGACCAGGUUCUGGUGGAAGGAAAAGCUAAAUCAAGAGCUGCCAUUCUCAAUAGUCCCUCUACUCUGAAUGCUCUUUCUGCGCCUGUGGUGAGUCGUUUAACGAGGCUAUACGAAUCCUGGGAAGAGAACCCAGCUAUUUCGUUUGUUUUGAUGAAGGGUAGCGGCAAAACGUUCUCUUCUGGUGCAGAUGUCUUGCCUCUUUAUCACUCGAUCAAUGAAGGGAAAACUGAAGAAUGUAAAGACUUUUUCAAGAGCUUGUACAACUUUGUAUACCUUCAAGGAACAUAUUUGAAACCAAAUAUAGCUAUAAUGGAUGGUGUAACUAUGGGUUGUGGUGGUGGAAUCUCAAUUCCGGGAAUGUUUCGUGUGGCAACAGAUAAAACUGUGUUGGCACAUCCAGAGGUCCAAAUUGGUUUUCAUCCUGAUGCAGGAGCUUCCUAUUACCUUUCACGGCUUCCUGGUUAUUUAGGGGAAUACUUGGCUCUAACAGGGCAGAAACUUAAUGGUGUCGAAAUGAUAGCAUGUGGCCUUGCUACUCACUAUUGCUUACACUCGAGACUUGAGAUGAUCGAAGAAAGGAUUUGUAAACUGUUGAGCGAUGAUCCUACUGUCAUUGAGGCUUCUCUUGCUCAAUACGGUGAUCUAGUUUAUCCUGACAGUAGCAGUGUACUUCACAAGAUUGAGAUGAUUGAUAGAUAUUUUGGGCUUGAUACGGUUGAAGAAAUCAUUGAGGCUAUGGAAAACGAGGUUGCUGAUUCCUGCAAUGAGUGGUGCAAGAAAACUCUCAAACAAGUCAAAGAAGCUUCUCCUCUGAGCUUAAAGAUUACUUUACAAUCCAUACGAGAAGGUAGAUUUCAAACUCUUGAUCAAUGUCUCACACGUGAGUACCGUAUGUCUCUUUGCGGAGUCUCAAAGACGGUAUCCGGUGACUUCUGCGAGGGUAUUCGAGCCCGCUUGGUAGACAAAGACUUUGCUCCAAAGUGGAAUCCUCCGCGCCUAGAAGAUGUGAGCAAAGACAUGGUGGACUCCUACUUCACGCCGGCCACUGAUGCCGAUGAUCAAGAUUCUGUGCUGAAGCUUCCAACAGCUCAACGAGAGCCUUAUGUCUGA